AUGGAAAUUCCAAGUAUAUCUCAUAUUCAUUUAAACUCAAAAAAACUUAGUCAAAAAAAUGAGAGUCAAUAGAUAAGGUCAUCCAAUACUAAAAGGAUACAAAUAACAUUUAGAAAUAAUAUUAUAUGGAUGAAAAAUUCAUAAAAUUUAUAUUGUUGA